AUGUCGCAGUCGUUGAUCAUAUUUGAGCCUUCUGGAAAAGUCCAGUACCAGAGCAACGCCAAGAUCUACCCCUUCAACGAGUUCAUCUCGCAUUUGAUCAACGAGACGCAGAUCACCUUGGAGAACAACUUGACGACGCAAACCAUCAACCAAAAGAGGUUCUACUGUUUCCACAAGGAAGAGACUUACGUGGCUCUAUAUUUUGAUGCGAUAACUACGAUAGAUGGCGAGAAGGUUAAGCAGACACUAAGUGGCAUCUACAAGACCUACAAGAAGUUUGAAGAGGAGGAGAAUCUAGCGGAUGAGAAGUUCAAGCAAUUGGUUGAUUUGCAGUUUAUGAACUUGAUGAAGCUUAAACGAACGGAAGCGGUAGAAGAGGGUGAAAGAGAGUUGCCAACGGCGGUCGGUGCAGGCAACAACAGCGGCACAUCGACCCCCGUCAAGCCAAGUCUGGCCAAGAAGCCCCCGGCAAAGAAGUUGCGUAAAUGGGACGACAGCGGAGAGAUGGUCGAGGUGGCUGAUUCACAAGCGCUCGAUUACAGCGUGGGGGAUAGUAAUGGCGACUUGAGCCUAAUGCCCGAGAUGAAGGUCAACAAUGAGGCUGCAUUCACGAAAGAGCAUGACAUUGUUCUCGUGAAUGAACUAAAUGAGAUUUUGAAUGCGUCAAGAGACGGCGAUGACGAUGAGGAUGAUGAUGAUGAUGAGGAAAAAGAACGCAAAGAUGGUGGAAGGUCAAGCGGAUUUUUCAGCAAGAUCAGCUCGUACCUUGGUGGCUCGAUCAAUUUGGAUGAAGUCUCCAAGAAAUUCAACGAACAACUCAUGUCGAAAAAUAUUGCCCCCUCGACAGCCAAAACCAUCAUUGACAAGAUCAAAAGCCGUCUAUCGGGUAAAAAAGUCACCAUGGCGAUAUACAAGCAGACCUUGACUGACGAAUUGACCAAAGUCCUUACCCCCAACGUCUCAACGGACUUACUAUACGAAAUCAAGCGGAACAAGACGGGCAGACCAUACGUGAUUUCGGUGGUUGGGGUCAAUGGGGUCGGCAAGUCGACCAAUCUCGCGAAAUUGGCCUACUGGCUCCUUCAAAACAACAUCAAUGUCUUGAUUUGCGCGUGUGAUACCUUCAGGUCCGGGGCAGUGGAGCAGUUGCAGGUGCACGUGAACAACCUCAACCGGUUGAACGCUGAUCUACCCAACAAAUCCAAGAUUGACAUUUUCCAAAAGGGCUACGGAGGAGGCGACCACGUUGUAGCCACCGCGAAACAAGCGAUUGAACACGCGAAACUGAGCCAGUUUGACGUGGUGCUUAUUGAUACCGCUGGCAGGACCCACUCCAACGCUAAGCUCAUGGCGCCAUUGAAGAAGUUUGGCGACGCUGCUGACCCCGAUAAGAUUAUCAUGGUGGGCGAGGCCCUCGUGGGUACCGACUCCGUAGAACAAGCGAUAAAUUUCAAUCUGGCGUUUGGCAAUAAGCGGAGCUUGGAUUUCUUUAUCAUCUCCAAAGUCGACACGGUGGGGGACUUGGUGGGGACCAUGAUCAACAUGGUGAUGGCUACCAAGGUGCCCAUCUUGUUUGUGGGCACGGGGCAGACGUACACCGACAUCAAGCGGUUGAGCGUGAAGCAAGUGGUUGAGAUGUUGAUGAAGUAG